CGUGAGUGAGUGUGAGUGAGCGAAGGAGAGAAUAAAAAAGUUUGUAUAUACAUAAAUACUUAAUAAAUGUCAUUUAAAAACCAUGAUCAGUGGCUAUUUACGAAGGAAGAUCUAUAUGAUACACCCAGCAUUUUAGACGGAAUAUCAUUUGAACAAGAACAAACAGAUAGAGUCAAAGGUUGCCAUUACUUAUUGGCAGUAGGCGCCAAACUAAACCUGCCUCAAUUAGUCAUGGUAACAGCUACAACUUUCUUUCAUCGAUUUUUCAUGAGACAAUCCAUGAAACGUUUCCAUGUCUAUGAUAUUGCAGCUACCAGCUUAUUUGUUGCAACCAAAGUAGAAGAAUGUACACGACGAAUGAAGGACAUUGUCACUGCAUGUGCACAAAAGGCUCAAAAAAACGAUAAACUAAGUCUUGAAGAAGACUCAAAAGUUUUUAUUCGUUGGAAAGAGACCUUGUUACAUUAUGAAGUGAUAUUGUUGGAGACCCUGUGCUUUGAUUUAACAGUACAGCAAGCUCAUACAAGUUUAUGUCAAAUAGAAGCACAAUUACAAAUAUCUUCUUCAGCAAUACGUAAAGCAUGGAUGUUGUUGUAUCAAUGCCUUGGAUCUCCAUUAUGUGUAUUAUAUAAGCCAAACCUUGUUGCUGCUGCUGCUUUAUUAUUAGCAUCUCACUUUACUACAUCAGAAAAACUAAAUGAAAACUGGUAUGAAUCCUUACAAGAUGUCGAUGCUAGUGAAAUGCAUGAGCUGGCAUCUGAAAUGCUAGAGUAUUAUAUGGAACACUAUCUAGUGAAAUCCUCACAUCAUCCAUCUUCACAAACAAGUUCACCUUAUCCACAUCAUUCUUAUAGACAUUAAAGAUAUAGAUAAAAGAGAUAAGGGCAUCAGAAUACAUAUUAUAUA